AUGAUUCGGAAAGAUUCGAAAAGAUGGUGGUCGACAUGGAGGUAGAGGAAGCAAAAGAGAAUGUUUUAAAACUUAUGAAGGAAAGGGAUAAAAUUGAAGCGGAAUUGAAAUCCAUGAAAGACGCCCUGGAUGCUAAUCAUGUGGGAAUGACAGAACCGCUGGUGGACCCAGAUGGAUUUCCAAGGCAAGAUAUUGACGUUUAUCAGGUUCGGCAUGCUCGUCACAAGAUAAUAUGCCUGCAAAAUGAUUACAAAAUUCUUAUGCAGAAAAUAGAAGAAGGUUUGCAUAGAGUUCAUGAACUGACAAGAAGCGAAGACGGUCCAUCUCCUGCUUCAACGAAUACCGUGCAAGAAGCGGUACUUUCCGAACCAUUCCUUAAAGUGAAUUUAGUGUCAUCUGGUUCUCCAGCAGAGCUUGCGGGAAUACGAGUUGAUGAUUUAAUUCUUGAAUUUGGUUCCAUCGAUUCAAGAAAUUUUAGGACCUUGAAAGAUAUUGGUGACCUGGUUGAGCACAGUCGAUAUAAAACCAUCUUACUAAAAAUCAAACGUGGCUACAAUACUAUCGUCUUAUCGUUAAUCCCUAGACCUUGGAGCGGUAAUGGCCUUCUUGGUUGCAACGUGGUACCCUUGGAAGUCGUCGAAAGAUAAAAAUAGAUUAAUAUAAAUACUAACCGUUCUGUUCAAAAAGUUUUCUUUUAGAUUUACUAUUUCUAUGGUUCAAAAUAAAUACAUUUUUUAAACGAUACAUAAAUAUACAUGAUGUUCUACUUUGA